CGUCAGUCAUGUGGUAAACAAAUUUUUAGUCAUGCAACACCGUUAUUUUGCGCUGCAGGCGGAUUGCGAUAAACUUAAAAUUGGAUUUUUUAUUGUGAAAUCAUUUUGUAGUUCGUAAUGAUACGAGACUUCAUUUCUAUAUAGAAUAUUUUUUAUAGUGGAGUGUGUUGGUUUCAAUUUGUUAUUAAAAUAAGCCAUAAUGUGUUACCGAUGGACACUGACAUGAUCGAGAAAAAGUUAUAUUUUCUUUUAAAAGUACGUGAUUAAUAAUUCACGAUGGUGUUCGAGUCGAUUGUGGUGGACGUCCUGAACAGAUUCCUCGGAGAUUAUGUGGAGAACUUGAACAGAUCUCAAUUAAAACUCGGAAUAUGGGGCGGGGACGUCGUACUCGAAAACUUAAUUCUAAAACAAAAUGCUUUAGAAGAACUUAACAUUCCGGUCCAGACAGUCUAUGGACAUUUGGGAAAGCUUGUUCUCAAAAUACCAUGGAAGAAUUUAUACGGGGCAUCCGUUGAAGCAACGAUAGAACGGCUCUUUCUUAUCGUCAAUCCUACAGCUGAAGUUAAAUAUGACCCUGAGAAAGAGGAGAAGAUGGCCCUGGCCUCCAAGCAGGCUGAACUUGCUCGGGUUGAAGAGGCCAAGAAAAAAGAAGCGGAAAAAGACCAAAACAAACUGGACGAGACAUUCGUAGAGAAGUUAGUGACGCAGAUAAUAAAGAACGUGCAGUUGAAGAUAACCGAUAUACAUGUGCGGUACGAGGAUAGUAUAACGAAUCCGAAGGCGCCUUUCUCCUGCGGCAUCACACUGCACAACCUCUCUGUCCACACCACUGAUGAGAAUUGGAAGAAAGCGGUUAUACAGGAGGCUGUCACGAAGAUCUUCAAGAUUCUAGAUUUGGAGGGCUUAGCAAUUUACUGGAAUCCCACAACCGAGCUGUAUUCGAAAUCUGUCGCCGAUGACAUCAAAACUAAAUUGCAGACGGAAAUCGCCACGAAAUCAUCACAACCUUCCUUCUAUAAAUAUGCUCUCGGGCCGAUAAAUGCGACGGCAAAGUUGAAACUAAACCCGAAACCCGAAGGUGACACGCCGAAGUUCAGUAUACCGAAAGUGAUUCUAACAUUACACAUGGAACAGUUGUCUGUGAGCCUCACGAAGGCUCAGUACCAGGAUAUGAUGCUGUUGGCAGACUCCAUGGAUCGGAUGAGCAAAGGAGCACCUUACAGGAAAUACCGUCCAGACCUAAAGACCUACAGGGGUCACUACAAAGAAUGGUGGGGCUUCGCGUACAAAUGUAUUUUGGAGGAGGAAGUAAAGAGACGUCGCAGGAACUGGGAUUGGACGCACAUGCUGUCGCACAGGCAGUUGUGCAAGGACUACGCGAACGCCUACCAGUCCAAGCUGACUAGUAAGGGAAAAGUGUCUUCCGAUCAGGCGACGGUAUUAGAGAAAGCUGAGAAAUCACUCGAUUUGUUCAAUUUAGUCGUUAUUAGGCAGAGGAUAGAGUUGGAGGUGGAGAGAUUGGGCAAAUUGGAGCAAGAGGCGAAGAAGUCUAAAGGAUGGUUCAGUGGAUGGUGGUACGGAGGCGGCUCUAAAGAUGAGGAAUUGGCUGAAGGAACUGCUAUAAUGAAACAAUUCGAAAAGGCGAUGACGCCGGACGAGAAGGAGAAACUAUUCCGUGCCAUAGACUACCAAGAGAAUACAGCGCCAUUGCAUCUACCCACCGAGUACGUGGCCAUAGAGAGCCACUUCCGCCUAGACAGGAUGCAAGUGGCUGUCAACGAUGAUGUCGAAGUAUUGAAGGCGUGUGUCGAUAAUGUGGAGGUCGAUAUGAAACAACGGCCCAGUGCUAAUGCUCUGAGAGUGGACGUUCAAAUGCAAGCUUUCAGUGUGACGGGAGUGCGCCAAGGAGAUUUCGAACCGCAACUUGUCAUUUCUAAAGAAGUGACCAAAGAUGUUAAUCUCCUCAACGUUAUAUUCGAAACCAAUCCCUUGGAUGGCACAUGCGACCAGCGGGUGAAGGUAUCUGCCAGACCAUUACAAAUUGUCUAUGACGCACAAACGGUCAUCGAAAUAGUCAAUGUGUUUAAACCACCCACCGAAUCUACAGCUUUAACUACAUUGCAAGCAGCAGCCGAAAAUAAAAUGUCAGAAUUGAAGGAAAAAUCAGCUUUGGGCAUGCAGUAUGCCGUCCAUCAUCACACAUUCAUCGACUUGGACGUCGAUAUCGCCGCCUCGUACAUUAUUGUGCCUCAGACUGGAAUUUACAGAGGUCACGAGCCGUGUGUGGUGGUCAAACUCGGUGCCAUAAGUGUGAAGUCGGAGCCGCGCUCGCAGGCGCUCGACGUCGCCAGGAUGUACAAGGAGGGGCUCGCCGACGAGGAUAUACUGAAGGAAAUCACUCACCACAGCUACGACAAAAUGGCUCUCAAACUCACUGAGAUGCAGAUCGUAAUAGCAACGGCAACAGAAGACUGGCAAACGGCGAUAGCUUCAAACGAAGCUACACCUCUGCAUUUACUGCAGCCCACGAACUUGGACAUACAAAUACACAAGUGUUUGAUCACUGACGAUCCCCGCAUGCCGAAGAUUAAAGUUAGGGGAGAGUUGCAAAAAAUCGCUAUCAGUGCGUCUGAGGACAGGUUACUUACGCUAUGCGAAAUAUUGGUCAGCAUGCCGCUACCACAAUCCGAGGAAACGACUCAGUUGAAGAUAUUUCUCUACAAAUUCGCUUACGUUAUGACCGGCCGUGUUGUUACACAAGCUCUCAUUCAAGAGACGAAUGACGCGCCGAGUGAGUCCAAAGGAUCUAGUUUGUCUCUGCUUAAAUAUUUGGAUCCCGUCGAAAAGCAAAAGAGAGAUUCGGCUCGCUCUAAAGAAAGGAAGAGUGAAGAACAAACUGUCCAAUUAACUGAGGUUGAAGCCUUCUUUAUCAUGAAAGAACUAGUGCUCAGCAUAAACCGCAAAACGACAGAUUCGUCGAAAGCCUACGACAAAUUCUUGGUAUUCUCUCUAAGCCUGUUGGAGCUGACGGCAACUCAGAAAACCUUCACACUAGAGGCCACGGUGCGGCUCGGCGCAGUCGACAUGCGACACCACAGAGUGGGACACAAAGUUAUACCGAUGGUCGAGACGCCCGAAAUAAUGGCCACGCCUGUGGACGAGAUUACUGACACGCCUUCGUUAGACAGAAAUCAGUAUUUGUUCACUGUUACGUAUAGGAACGUCGAUAAAAAAUGUCCCGAAUUCAGAAGUCACUACGGAUCUGUCGAACAAAUGAUCGAACUUGAUUUCACUAAUUUGCGUGUUUUGCUACACCUAGAAGGGUUAAACGAGAUCUUGAUCAUAGUUAAUGAAUAUCAGACUCGCUUGCAAGCCAUACAAAGUACUGUUGAUAGGACAGCUAAUGCCGGACCUUUGGAAACUAUUCUUGAAGAUGAAGAGUUUUCGGCUGCGAAAUCUAAAGUAAGUGUGACAAAGCCAGCCCGCCGUAAGCAGAUCGAGAGUAUCCAACUUAAAAUAAACGUUAAGAUCGGAGCUAUAGAGAUCGAAUUCGCGACUGACAGGCGACCGCUGUCCGUGGUACAGUUGCAAGGAGCGGCAGCUGGACUCAUACUGAAGAGUUCUUACACUGAAGUGGACUGCACCGUCGCUAAUAUCAGAGUGGAGGAUCUAAACCCUGUUACUAUACAUAAAGAGAUUCUGAAAGUGCUCGGCGGAGACGUCAUGAAACUGCACAUAGUGAUGUACAACCUGGACGCGUACCCGAACGUCAGCGACGUCAACAUGUCCGUCGACGCGCAGAUCAACUGUCUGCGCAUCGUGUUCCUCAACUGGUUCGUCACGUCUAUGUUGGAAUUCCUAAACAAUUUCCAAACAGCGCAACAAGCUAUAAUCGACGCGUCGUCGCAGGCCGCGGACGCCGCGAAGGCGAACGUUCAGAGCGCGUACGAGAACUCCACCAAGCUGUUACUGAAGGUGCGCCUCGCCGCACCCAUCAUACUCGUGCCGGAGAACUCCAAGAGCUUGAACGCUAUGCUCGUCGACUUGGGUCGCAUGAAUCUUAGCAAUAGAUUCGUCGAUAUGCCUGCGCUUGACGUAAGUAACAAAGUGACAGUGGACGAGCUGACCCUCGAUUUAGAAGACAUGAGGGUGUCGUGCGUGCAUCUGAAAGACCAUGAGCAAGACAUGCAAGACUUCCACCAGGAGAGGAAGUUGUUGCGACCGACCAGUUUCAAACUGUUUGUGAAGCGCAGUCUCUCGUCGUGGUAUGAGACGUUGCCUGAUUUAGAUAUAUCUGGAAGGAUGAAGACUAUUGCGAUCACAGUCGGACACAGCGACUAUAAAAGUAUUAUGAAAAUCCUGAAUCAAAACCUGCAAGAAGGACAAAAGAGCGUCGAAGAGCCGAAAUCGCAGCAGAAUGUUCCCAAAUCGACGUCCAAGACAACGGUCAAGAGUCAAGUUAGCAAGGCGCCAACUAAAUCUACCACCGCUGUUGUCACUCCCAAAGAGAGCACCAAACCAAGGACCACCAUCAAAUUCUCGUUUACUAUGGACAGUUUCGUUAUAGACCUCAUGAACACAAUGAGUUCAGAGGACACUAUGUUCGUUAAAGACGUGGAGCUGGCGCGUUUCUGUCUGGCACUUCUCUCCGUCAGGGGAAAAAUGUACUCAGACAACUCCAUGCACACCUCCGUGCUGCUCGUCGACUGCACCCUCGACGACACAAGACCCGGCAGGGGAGCCAAAAUCACUAGGUACUUGGAAAGGCGUAGGGAAAGACAUGAGAUUAAAGACCCGGACGACGGAUCGCAGGAAACGAUUAUGGAGACUCACGAGAAAAUACGCAGUAUGAUCGAUAUUACAUACACCAUGAAAAAUUCAGACACAUUCAUUGAUAUGAGAAUAUUCAGUUUCAACUUGAUAUUGGCUAUGGACUUUUUGAACAAAAUUGCGGAGUUUAUGACGACCGGUUUGGCGGACGAUACGCCUGCGAAACCGAAAGAAGAGGUGAAACCAGUCAAAUCGGCAGAAAGGUCUAUGGACAGUGUUACGCGUAAGAAAACGUCGAUUGCAACAACGCCAGUAACCACGGAGCCACCGAAAUUGGCUAUGAUGACCGUCAACAUAAAAAUUGAACAACCAGAUAUUAUUCUCGUAGAAUCACUAGAACAGAAGAAAUGUGAUGCUCUCGUACUAAAUAUGGAAUGCCGGCUGAAGCUGCGGCAGAGCUCGGAGCGCAUGGUGGCGGAGGGCGGCGUGUCGGGGCUGCAGAUGGUGGUGCGCACGCUGGCGCAGGCGGGCGCGCAGGCGGGCGCGCAGGCGGGCGCACAGCCGGGCGCGCCGCUCGCCGCGCCGCCGCCGCGCUACCUGCUUGCGCCCGCGCACCUCUCGCUCGCGCUGUCGCGCCCGCCCGACAGCGGCAUGCACGUCGACAUCUCGCUCACCGACAUCAAGCUCACCGUGUCGCCCGAUAUAAUUGCACUUCUAAAUCGUGUGUUAGCAACGAUGACAAGUCGGGAAGAAGAUAAUACAGAGGAAGAAAAUAAAGCUAUAUUCUACGACAAACUAUGGGACAUUCAGCCAUUCAGACCAAAUGCACAUUGGUUCUUGAAAACUGAGGAAGCGGAAGAAGCUAUCAACGUAGAAGAUCUCUCAGAUGAAGUGACGCCAAAACCACCAGUCGGUGAAAUAUGCUUACUAUCGAGUCCAUCGAUAAUAGUGUCGUUGGAAAUGGAGAUCGGUAACGAAACCAUCCCUGUGUUGGUGAUGCAAGCGUCUCUCACAGGACAGAUCAAAGACUGGAGUUCUGAUUUCUAUAUGGAGUCGACAUGGGCCAUGCAAAUGUCGUAUUAUAAUAUCGGUCGUGCGGUUUGGGAACCGCUUAUUGAGCCCGUUGAGGUGCUCAAGGACUACCAGUACAAGCACGUGCCGUGGGAACUCAAGAUGGAGGUGGUAAUGCGGCCGCCUGAGAAUACAGUAAUCGAUACGUCCGAUGAAGCGACGAACAUCAAGGCCGUGGCGCAGAGGCAAGCGAACAAGACCAUCACCAUAUCGAGCAGUGAGCCGCUGGAAAUCACUAUCACUAGGACUGGAAUAGAGGUUCUGACUCAGCUGGCCAAUUCUUUCUCAACGGCCGUGGCAGAAACAGACACUACAGUCGUGUCGAAGUCAAAGAUAGAUGAUAUGGCACAAAAGAAAUACUAUGGAGCACCGUACGUGCUUCACAACUGCACCGGUCUUACAACGAAGCUAAUAUUAGAAGACAACCAUGACUUCUCUGUGUGCAUUACUGCAGAGUAUGUUUCCAGUGAUUACAGGGAAGUGGUGCUGGAACCAGGCGCAUGCGUUCCGUUGCAGCUGAAACAUGGUGGUCUGAAUCUGAUGAAAUUAAAUGAACCGCCUCCGCCGCUCAAGUUGAAUGUUAAGAUCCUGGAGAUAGAAGACGAGGUGCAGAUCCCGGUGGAGCGCGCCGACAAGCGUUACUUCGCGCUGGGCCGCAAGCAGGCGGGCGGCUCGCUGGACAAGAACGUGCCGCACGUCGCCGCCGUCGAGCCGCGCGGACUCAUCUCCGACGUCGUCAUGCAAGAUGCUGCACUGCAUAUUUACUUGCGGAGUGUUGUGCAAGUAACAAACACGCUAUCAGUCAACGUGUCGGUAUACUACAUGACUCUGAGUGGCAACGAGGUACGGUUGCUCGGCGAUGUGAAGCCAGGCGAUAUAUUACGAUUGCCGCUGCAAGCUGUGCACACACCUACUGCGGAAAUAUUUUUCUCGGUUGAAGGUUUUACUGUUUCUGUAUCACCGUUCAUUUGGCGUGAACUUCAACAGGAAGUUAGGAUAACAAAACUGUUACAAUGCGAUUCCAAAGACAAGAAUAGCGGGGAGAAAUUCUACCUCAAGGCAAUCGGUACAAUGGAGCAAGUCUUUUAUGAACACUCGAAUCGUCACACGUUCGCGUCAUCCUGUUACGAUAUUGUUCUAAAACCGGCAGUGAAGUUACAGAACUGUUUGCCGGUCGAUAUCGUAGUGUCGCAGCUCGGUCUCAAGCGUACGCAGGUGUUCAAGCCAGGAGAGAUGUUCCAUUUGUCACAUCUAGCGCCGAAUAAAGCUUCGAUUGUUAUUAUGAUUCAAAGCUAUCUAGACAAAUGUUGGGUGUGCACAAAGAAUUUACCCGACGAGGAAAAUGAGCCAUCAGUGUGGUCUUUCGAGUCCCACGACAGUCCUUCAGUAAUGACCUUGGACCUCGGCAUGUACAGUGCCGACAUGGAGGGCACGCAAAUGUUGUCCCUCUACUGUCCCUUCUGGAUGCUGAAUAAGACCGGGUUCACACUGUGCUAUAGGAUAAAACAUUCACGUUGCAGUAAAUUUAUUAGACGUCAUACUUCUUGUUUGCCGAAUGUCGAUGAAACUGGCAAUGUGAUCUUCCAUCCGAAAGAUUACAAGGAACCGAUCCUGUUUUCGUUCCGUGCGAAGAAUUUCUUCGGUAAAAAGAAGGCGGCGAUAAGAGUGGAGUUCGGUGAAUGGUCUGACAAGUUCUCACUGGACGUACCCGGAAGCUCCGGUGUCGUUAUCUGUAAAUAUGAAGGGCGGACAUAUCAGGUGGCUGUAACGAAUCAACUGACGUACAACAGUCUCACAAAAAUGGUGAUAUUUACACCUUACUUCUUGAUCAUCAACGAAGCUCCGUUUGCCAUUCAAUACCAAGAAUUGCACAGAUCCGGUGACCCAUGGAGAGAGGUGGAACAAAACUCGAGCGCUCCAUUGUGGCCAGUAGUAGAGAAAGAAGAUAAGCUGCUGUUAGUGAGAGUGGCCGGCUCGACGGAACACGCCGCGCCGUUCCUUUACACAGAACAACACAGUGUCUGUUUGAAGUUGAGCAACGAGUACGGCGGCUUGCACGUAGAAGUGCAAGUGAGCGAGGGCGGCACGUACGUGACGGUGCGGCAGUACCGCGACGGGCAUGCGCCUGCGCUCAUCGUCAACUACUCGCCGCACACCAUCACGCUAUAUGAAAAGGAGAAUGUUAAUGUCAGGCAAUUGCCAUCUAUGCAUAAAAUGCUUUACACUUGGGACAACCCAGCGGGACCACGUACACUCAUAUUUGAAGGACACAAAAAGAAAGAAAUCGAAAAUGAAUUAAGAAAGGACGACAUUGGUGAUUUCAUGAUAAACGAAACUACCCGCGUUUCAUGGGUGUCAUUCUUGGACGGUCUACAGCGUGUCAUACUAUUCACGGACGAUCCGAUCCUUGCCAGCGGCGCUCACACCAUAGGCGAGGCUGAGCUCAUAGACACGGAAUUCAUACUUUCCAUGCAAGGAAUGGGUUUGUCUCUAGUCAACGACCACGAGCUGCUUGAGAUUGUGUAUGUCAGCAUAUCUAAUUCUGGAAUAAUUUGGGAGCAAUGCAAGAUGGGCGCUCGUCGGUACAAGAAGAUCGACGAACCAAAAUUAACUCAAUAUGAAGAGGCAUACCAAAGAUAUUUAUCAGAAAAGAUGGUCAGCGACGAGCCAAUAUCGCCGAUAGUGCAAAUCGAUGAAAAGACUGAGGUGGACUUCGAGGAGAUGCGCGCGCUGAAGCCGUCGCAGCGCCUGCUGCGCCGCACGCUGCAGCCCGGGCUGUGGGCGUCGCUGGGCGUGACGCCGCACUCGCGCCGCCUGCACGCGCGCCUGCACCGCCUGCAGGUGGACCAGCAGCUGCCGCUGCCCACCUUCCCCGUCGCGCUGGCGCCCGUGCCGCCGCCCAAGUCCGUCGCCAACGACGACCCCAAUGGCAUGAAACCAUUUAUAGAAGUAUCGAUAGUCGAACGCAUUAUGGAGCACAGCAAAGUGCGGCAGUACAAAUAUUACAAGGUGCUAAUACAAGAAUUCCACGUAAAAGUCGACAUGGGACUUAUUAAUGCUCUCAUGGGAAUGUUCCCAACGCAGCUGCCCACUGAAGAAGAAGCGCUUGAGGCAUUCAGGCUAGACCUCGAAAAGGCUGGACAGCCACUCGAAGCUUUGGCUGCUAUGGGCGCGGCGUCCGACUUGAAGAAUUUCUAUGACAAUUUGCACUUAUCACCUCUGAAGGUCCACGUGUCAUUCUCUCUCGGCGGUGCUACUCAAUUGCCGACGUUUAUCGGUACGGUGCUACAAAGUAUUGGUGUAACUUUGACGGACAUGAACGAUGUUGUGUUCAAGUUGUCAUACUAUGAAAGGAAUUAUGAGUUCUUAUCUCAAAAAGAGCUGAUUGGUCAAGUGCAAAGCCACUACACAGGACAAGCUUUGAAACAGUUAUACGUGCUGGUGCUCGGAUUGGACGUGAUCGGCAACCCUUACGGACUCGUUGUCGGGCUGAAGAAGGGAGUCGAAGAUUUGUUCUAUGAGCCAUUCCAGGGCGCGAUCCAAGGUCCGGGCGAGUUCGCGGAGGGGCUGCUGCUGGGCGUGCGGUCGCUGGUGGGGCACACGGUGGGCGGCGCGGCCGGCGCCGUCAGCCGCAUCACCGGCGCCAUGGGGCACGGGCUCGCCGCGCUCUCGCUCGACAAGGAUUACCAACGACGUCGUCGAGACAAUAUUAACAAACCACCGGCCAACUUACAAGAAGGUCUCGCACGAAGUGGAAAAGGACUUGUCAUGGGCGUGGUGGACGGUGUAUCGGGGGUUUUCACGAAGCCGAUAGAGGGCGCGAGGGAGGAGGGCGUGGGAGGGUUCUUCAAGGGGCUCGGCCGCGGCGCCGUGGGGCUCGUCGCCAGGCCCACAGCUGGGGUCGUCGACUUCGCUUCGGGAUCACUCGAUGCGGUCAAGAGGGCGGCAGAUUUAUCGGAAGAGGUGACAAAACGUCGUGCGGCGCGAUACCUGCCGCCUGACUCCGGAGUGAGGCCGUACUCGCGCCUGCACGCGGAGGGAUACAAAAUGUUGUUCGAACUCGAGAAGGGUAAGUUCGUGAGCACUGACACGUACGAGGCUCACGUGUGGGUGAUCCAGGCCAAGGAGGUGGUGCUGUGCACCGACAAGAGGCUGCUCUACUUGGAGAAGAAUAACGUGUUCGGAGGAUGGCAGAUCGUUUGGUCGUACUUAUGGAGUGAGUUACCCGAAGUGCCAACAGCGGUGAAUAGAGGCGUAUACAUACCGACGGCGAAGAAGAAAGUGCUGGGAAUGUUCUCGAGUUCGGGCUCGGGCAAAGUAAUAUUCUUAUACGACGAGCAACAGAAGAAAUAUUUGCUCGCCCAGUGCGAGAGGCUGAUGAGCUUAGCGCGUUGACAUGAAGAUGUAGAAAGGACGUCGCCCACCGAGUGGCUGGGAGACUUCUUUCUACUUUUAUUCGAUUCUCGCACCGCGUUGCUUACUUUCGCCUAUCACUUUAACCUGCACCAUUUUAGCCCAAAAGGCUUCCGCUGAACUUCGAUGUGCUUGGAAGUGAACGCGAAUUUUUCAGUGUAUACUUUUGAAACGUUUAAUACAAACAGUGAAUAUGUGAUAGACUACCCUCUCGAUAUGAAGCACCAAAUAGAGUCCCUAAUCCCUGGUGUUAGUGAUGUACCUUAUCAUAUCGAUGAUUCGAGAGUGUUACGGAAUGUGAUAGUUUAUUUUUUGUAGACGUUGCAAACGUCCCCAUUCUAUGACAAAGUUAAAAAUGACAACAUGUACUUGAACUUUUUCGAAUUGCGCUCCCGCGUUAGAGCAUGCUGCGAGUCGCUUUUUCUGUAACUCGAAUAAGCCAAUGUCGCCUUAAUAGCAACAAACUAUGUACGAAACUAAUGGCUAUGCAUUUAAAUAAAAGUAUAUUUAUUUAAGUGAUUCACACAUUUGUAAUAUUCCAGUCUUCCUUUUGGUACUUUACAUUCUAUUAGUACCGGAUAUCGUUAAGUUUAUAACGUCUAUUGUUAAAACAUUUUUUUAAUAUUAUACAUGUUUUGGGAAUGUUUUGAUGUUUAUGAAAAUUUUCAGAUACUCACAGUUUUACAUGUAGCUUCAUAUAGAUUGUUUAUGUUUUGUUUGUCGUAUUGUCUAUUUAACCACGUUUAUAUUCAUUAGCCAUUUGGAAUCAAAAUCUGUUGGUCAAUGCAGUGAAUGAGUUUAUCCCACAAUUUGUGCCUAAAGUACAAAUUAUGUUUACAAAAAUAUGUUGUUUUCGACCUCUACUGAACCAAACAUGUUUUCGUUUGGUGGACGUGUUCAACACAUAGUGUGGUAGUGUUUAAUUGCUGAGGCGAUCUGAUGACCAGUGCCUUAAUAAUGUAAAAAAUGAGUAAAUUUUAUUUUCUGUAAAACAGUCACAUGUUCAUGUUGUUUUGUGAGUCAUAGAGUAUUGUUUAAGUAAUGUUAAGUUCAGUGCACAAUAGUUCGCUGGCCUCGUCCGGUAUUCCCCACUGUGGAUGUAUGUUCUCCACUUUAUAUCAAGUUUAUAUUUGUUAGAACAUUUACGUGCGUUUAUAGGAACGUGUAAUCUUUCUGAUUUUUGCUUGUUGCACAAUUUACUUAUUUAGACUUUGUUUAUUCUUCAAGCUUGUGUACGAAUCUUUUUAAUAUAAAAUUAUGUAAA